AUGACCGACUCUCCGUCUCCAUUUCCUGCAGGCGAAUUCCUGCCAAAUGGCAGCACUUAUCGGACAGACCCUCCAUUACCACCUUCAGACCCCACAAUAGGGUAUAAACUUAAUCACCUGAUGCUUAGAAUCCGUGAUCCUGAAGCCUCCCUCAACUUCUACGUCAAUUUAAUGGGGAUGCGCACAGUUUUCACCAUGAACACCGGUCCUUUUACAAUCUACUAUCUCGGAUAUCCACAGACAGACACAGAUCGAUCUGAUUUGCAAGCCUGGGGAGAGAAAACCUGUAGCGUCCUACCACAUACACUAGGCUUACUCGAACUUUACCAUAUUCACGGUUCCGAGAAGCAGCCCCACGGACAUUAUUCGACAGGGAACGAUGCCCCACACUUAGGAUUCGGGCAGAUUGGGUUUACCAUUCCUGAUGUAAAAUCUGCGUUAGAAAGACUAAAGGGGGCAGGCGUGAAAGUUUUAAAAGAGCUUGGUAUUUCCACUAGAGAAAGCAUACCACUCAGUUCAUACGAAGAAGAGAAGGGCAUAGGGAAGGGGGCAAUCCAUCCAAGUUACCGAAGAAUUUUGGAUCAAAUCGCAUUUGUUUCAGAUCCUGAUGGCUAUUUAGUCGAGCUAGUGCCCCAGAAUAUUCAAAACUAA